AUGCCUGAUGCUCAACGUCCCCAUUACGCAGUUAUGUUGUUCGAUCCUCUGUUUGUGGCGGGUCUGACGACAGAUAUGCAGGAGCACCUACAAUUACACCGCCUGUCGUCUCUGGCUGCGGCCAUGGCGUUAUCUCUGGAACUUGCUGAUACACUGGCUGAUCGUAACCUUCCGCAGACUUCUGCGGGUUUUCAGCGCAAGCUGUGGCAGGGUCGCGAGAACCGGAUGACAACGUCUCCAACAGGAACCCAACCGCCGACAAAUCCGGGCUCUGGAGCGGGUCUCUCGUCGAGUCAAGCUCAGCGAGGGAAGGACCAGCCUCGUCUGCCAUUGAUUAGGGUGUCACAGGCGGAAAAGUCAGAGCGUUCACGACUUGGGUUGUGUUGGCACUGCCCGGAUAAAUGGGUUUUAGGUCAUGUGUGCAAACAUCGUUUGCUCUGCUACUGGGAUGAGGAUGGCACGCCGAUUGAUGAGUGGGAUGGUGAUGUUCGUGAUGAGGAGGCGAUUAGGGAGGUCGCGCAUAUACACUCUUUGGAUGGGGGAGGUCGGUCUAGACCGCUCAAGGUUUUGGGUCAGAUUCAGGAUCGUGAGGUCAGCAUACAAGUCGACACAGGUAGUGACAGAGACUUUCUACACCCGGCAAUCGCAGAAAGCCUACAUUUGUCGUUAUCCCCGAUUAGGCCUUUCAGGGUGUUUGUUGGUAAUGGAGCCGCCUUACUCUGCACUCACAUGUCGAGACAAACUGAGUUGAAAGUGCAAGGAUCCGUGUUCAUGGUGGACCUCCACAUCUUACCAAUUCAUGGGCCGGAUGUGAUUUUAGGGAUGGAUUGGCUAGAAUCGUUGGGCAAGAUUUCCGCAAAUUUCGCAAGCAAGACCUUGGAAUUCAUUCACGAAGGAAGGCCGUUCACCUUGAAGGGUAUCACAGUUCCCCCACGCCGCCUCGGUGUACAGUCCCUAUUCACGCUGCAAUCAUCUUCUGUGGUGUCAGCUUGUUUCGAGAUUGCUUUAUUGGAGCUAGAGUCAGCGGCGAAUGAGUUGGAAGCAUUCCCGGGGAUUUGCCGGAGGGGCUGGCGGGAGUACCCCUAUUUCCAGAAGAACGAGAUCGAGCGGCAAGUGCGGGAGAUGUUGGAGCAAGGAAUUAUUCAACGGAAUAAUAGUCCGUUCUCGUCGCCAGUGUUACUAAUCAGAAAGAAAGACAGGUCCUUCCGUUUCUGCAUUGAUUAUCGGGCCUUGAACAAUGCAACAGUUCCGGACCAUUUUCCAAUUCCAACGGCGGACGAGCUCUUUGAUGAAUUGGGAAAGGCGAGAGUUUUUUCUAAACUGGAUUUGCGGUCGGGCUAUCACCAGAUUAGGAUGCACAACGAGGAUGUGUUCAAGACAGCGUUCCGCACCCACGAUGGGCACUUUGAGUUCCUUGUUAUGCCUUUCGGUCUGACUAACUCGCCAUCCACUUUCCAGGCCGCCAUGAACUCUAUAUUCCAGCCUAUGCUCCACAAGUUUGUCAUCGUAUUUUUCGAUGAUAUCCUGAUUUAUAGCCCGUCCGUCAAGGAUCACGAGACGCACCUGUCGGCCGUGUUGGGUGUAUUGCUGGAGCACAGUUUCUUCGUCAAAUUAUCCAAGUGCUCAUUCUGUAAUUCCACGGUGGAAUAUUUGGGUCACCUUAUUGCUGACGGUUUAUUGAAGGCGGAUCCUACUAAAAUUGAAGCGAUGACGGCAUGGCCCGUGCCCAGAACCGUGAAACAGUUGAGAGGUUUUUUGGGGUUGACAUGA